AUUUUUUUUUUUUAAACAUAAUUUCCGAAUCUCUUCAGUCAAUCAGUUAAAAGACCCAAGCAAUUCAUUACUACGAGCUACUUCUAUUUUGUAAUUUCGUAUGUAUUUCAAUAAUCCCGGUGAAAGCGUUGUGUGUGCGAAUAUUUAUGGGAACAAUUUCUCCCAAUCGCUUGAUAUAUGCGAAUUUAGAUAACAGGAUGAACCGUCAUGAGAAUAUUGUGUGCAAGGGCUGCAGUAAGGUGGACUUUACGGGCCGCUGUUAUCGUUGCCUGAGCUGCCAGGACUUUAAUAUGUGUGCGGAAUGCUAUGAUAAUGAUUUUACCACAGCUCAGCAUCCCUUCGAUCAUCCGGUCAAGUGUGUGUUCACGCCGGCCGACGUUGAGCUCUACUUUGGUGGUGAAUAUCUAAACGAUCCGCCGCAGAGCUAUCGAUGCCCCUACUGCAAGCAAUGGGGCUACAAUGAGUCCACAUUUCUGGAGCAUGUCUCCGCCGAGCAUGUGGGCGCCAGCACACUGCUGGUGUCCACCAUGGUCACCCUAUUCGAGCAACAGCAGGCGGUUCGCCUGUUUCUAGAGGACGAACAGCUGGCCGUAUUCGCCUCGGCCGCAACGUCACGCAACGAACUGAUGAACCGCAACGAGGGCUCGCUGGAUCUCUUCCUGGAGCCACUCAAUCCCAAUGGCAGCUAUCAGCGAGAGCAUCCAAUAUCGCCGCUAACGUUUCGCGUUGCCAAGCCCGGCGCCGUCGAGGUGGCGCCCUGGGUUGCCGAUGGCAGCACCCUGACGGCAUCGAACAGUAACCACAACGUCGACAAUAAUUUCCUGAUACCGGACCCAGUGCGUCGUCAGUCCCUAUUGGAUCGUGCCCGGCAGCGUCUCAGCUUCGAUAGGCCGCCGCUGCCGGUGCAACAGCAGCAGCAGCCGCAGCAUCCGCAGCAGCAUCAUCAUCAUCAUCAGCUGAGCGGCCAUCCUACGCUCUCCGAGAUGAUGAGAUACAAUGAGCCGCUGCCCACCAGUCGCACCAGUCGCCCGGGCAACUUUCGCAUGGUCGCCAAUCAAGCGCCCAAUCAGCCAACCAACGGUCGCACCAUCAAUCUCUUCGGGCACAAUUCGGCGACGGAGAAUAUGCGACGUGCCUUCUAUCCGCCCGGCGACAUUACCCGGACGCGUGCCCAGCGACAUCGAGCACCGCGCAUACAAAUGGAGAGCUUCCCGACCAGCGGAGUGCGGCAGGUGCAUGUGCAGCGCUUGCGUGGCGGACCCGGCCCGGGCCCGGCGCCGGGACCCAGUCCCGGCCAGCGUCUGGUCGAGUUCAGUGAGCUGACGCACGGCGCCAACGAGUUGCUGAGCCAGAAUAUCGGCUCGGGUGCGGUCAUGUUGCGCACCAUCGAGGAGGAGGAGCCACAGCCACAACAGCAGCAGCAGCAACAGCAACAACAACAACAGCCGACGGCUGAGGCCAAGCAAUUGGACCAGGAGCGUGAACGUUAUCUGUGCUAUCCGUUCCUAUCGGCCACAUCGACUGCACCCUGUCCACCCGAUGAGCAGAUCACAUUCUUGGCCCAGCGCGCCGAGUUCGUGGCCCAGCUUCUAGCCUCGGUGCUCUGCGAGGAGGAACUGACCGCCGGCAUGGGCGGCAUGGGAUCGGCUGACGGCAACGACGACGACGACGACUCGCUGGACAAACGCAGCCUAAUUAAGCGAUCGAAUAGCGAAUUUGUGGGCGCCGGCGACUCCAAGCUGGAUCUCAAGCGUACUACGUCAUGCUAAAGCUCAAAUCGACUCUCGUCCAGUUCUACUUCGUUUUGGUUCACUGUGGCAACAGCAGCAGCAGCAAAAACUUUCGUUGAUAUUCUUUAACAAAUUAAUAUGCACAACAAAUUUUUGUAAUUUCCCAUUGUCCGAUUUUUGGAGAGACCAGAGAACUCUUUAUAUAUGUAUAUUUAUUUAUUUUUGACCAUGCGGCCUUUAGGCGCGAGCUUUUAAAAUUUGCAAUUGUCGUGAAGUCAUUUGCGUCGUUCCAUUUGGACUUUUAACCAAAUAGUAGUAGGAUAUAUUUUACGUGAUCAAAUCAUAUAAAGACGCUGAAUAAUAAAUGUGACUGAAUACCAGAUAUUUCAAAAUUAAAUCGAUACGUUAUCGAUAAAUGAUUGUAA